AUGCCCUUUGGGCUGGCAAAUGCGCCGGCGACCUUCCAGAAUAUGAUGAAUGAUACGCUGAGGGAAUUCUUGGAUCAGGGUGUAGUAGUAUACCUUGAUGAUAUCCUAAUAUAUAGCAAGUCUCGAGAAGAACACAGGGAGCUGGUUGGCAAAGUACUUAGCAGGCUACAAGAAUUCAACCUGGUCGCCAACCCGGAGAAAUCAUUCUUCGAGCUCACCGAAAUCGAGUUCCUCGGAUACAUCCUUGCCCCAGCAGGCGUCACUAUGGCAUUGGAUAAGGUUAUGUCUGUUACGAAUUGGCAAGCCCCGCGCAGCGUUAAGGAAGUACAAAUCUUCAUGGGCUUUGCCAACUUCUACAGAAGGUUUAUCCACAAUUUCUCCGGGGUCUGUAAACCUAUUACCGAUUGUCUCAGGGGUGAUGCUAAGAACUUUGUCUGGUCUAUGACGGCCCAAGCAGCCUUCGAAAAACUCAAAACCCUGUUUACGUCUGCGCCGAUCUUGGUACACUUCUCUCCAGAUCGCCAGACUAUCGUGGAAACGGACGCAAGUGAUUUUGCUAUCGCCGCAAUUCUAUCCCAGGUUAUUGACGGAAAGACUCACCCUGUUGCCUUUUAUUCUCGAACACUUAACCCAGCGGAACUCAAUUACGACGUCUGGGAUAAGGAGAUGCUAGGAAUUGUGUCAGCCUUCAAGCAAUGGCGUCACUACCUCGAAGGACCUAGCCGAACGGUCCUCGUCUAUAUGGAUCAUAAGAACUUGGAAUAUUUCUCAACAACCAAAGUUCUUAACCGACGACAGGCAAGGUGGGCUGAGUCUUUGGCGGAAUUUGACUUUAAGAUUAUUUACCGCCCGGGAACCAAGAAUGGGAAGGCAGAUGCACUAUCGCGACGGCCGGAGUACCGUCCUGAAGGGGGAGGCACGCUUGGGAAACAGCCGAUAGACAGGUUCUUUAAGCCCGGGCAGUUGGCGGAGGAACAGUUUGUGGUAUCAGCGGUGUCGCUUGCCUCCAAGGGGGUGAUUGACUGGUCUAAGAACUUUUUGGAUCAUGUCAGGCAGGCGGCAUCGGGAGACCCGACAUGGGUAGGAAUGAAAGAAAGAGUUGAGCAAGGGGAGAAGCUAGGGGAACUGAAGGAUAUUGCUGAGAAAGACGGGCUACUCUUCCAUAAGAACCGACUCUACAUUCCGGCAGACGACCGUAUCAAGAUCCGAAUCGCACAAGCAGAACACAACUCGAAGGUCGCAGGACACUUCGGACAGGACAAAACCUUGGAACUCAUCACACGCAACUUCUAUUGGCCAAAAAUGAACGCGUGGAUUGAUGAUUACGUUCGGUCAUGUGAUGAGUGCCAGCACAAUAAACCCAGCCGCCACAAGAAAUACGGUGCGCUUCUACCAUUGUCCACGCCACAUUCUGUCUGGCAAUCGAUAUCAAUGGACUUUGUCGUGCAGUUACCGGAAUCAAAGGGAUAUAACCAAAUAUGGGUAGUAGUUGAUAGGUUUUCGAAGAUGUCUGUGAGGGAUGCGUACCAGACCACAAGAGUACACUACGCAGAGCUCAGAGUUCGGCUAACAGCUACAAAGGUAGAAGUCUCCAAGGUCUCUUCAGUCAACGUCGAAUAUGAAUCCCCUUGA